AUGCUUAAUCCACACACUUGGAGUCCCUUGUGUGCCAUGCACACCUCCAUGUGGGGCCGUGCGCUCAAGCUCUUGGUGCUGACGGCGGCAGUUUCUGCUCAAAACUGCACAGAUGCGGAUGCUGAAAGUGAACGCUGUCAGGAGGUUUCUUUGCUCCAGUCUGCCAGAUCUCUCUUCCGCAACGAAGUGGCCACGGAAGAAGAGCAACAAGCUCACUCCCAGAGCUUCAGGAGUACGUUGUCGUCAAGCCACAAGAAGCUGAAGUGGCAACUACUUCGAAGCUUUCCCGCAGUGGAGCUUCAAGCGAACCCUGCCUGCAGCAACAUCGGGCGCAGGUUUCCAAUCAUGGUGUCACGCAACCAGUCUUUGCUGGAUGAAUACGCCAAGUAUGCCUGCGGAGAUGGCGGGGACUACUUUGUGACGGACCCAACCCGAAGCCUGCACGCCGAACUGGCACCUCUGGAGGCUGGAUGCAUUAACCUGCAAGACCGGUGGAGGACCAUGAGGACGACCUUCGCAUCGAAUGCUAGCCAUGGCGAGUACCUGUACAGGGACUGCCCGGAGAGCUGUUUGCAGGAGGAGUUCUGGCACCGGCUGCCCACGCAAGUCGUAGACCAGGACCUGCUGGUGCUCCCGAGCAUCCGCGAGCCACCGGGGAUGGAGUACCAGCACUCGCUCCUCGACUUCCUGCCGCCGGCUUGGACAGUGCUUGACCUGCUUCGGAACUCGUCCACGAAGCUGCUGGUCCUCUCGUCGCGGCAGCGGCGUCUGCUGGCCACCCUUGGCUUUCCCAGCGAACAGGUCCUGGAAGUGCCCCUUACGGACGACCGACCCGCAGUCCUGCUGUGCGCGAAGAGGGGCCGGACAAUGCAUCUCUGGCGCGUGCGCGGGGGCUCGCGCAGCUCCGAGAUCUCUGGAGCACUCCCGAGCCAUCCCUAUGAGGACCGCCGUUUCGAUGGAGACCUCUGGCACCGGCUCAUCAACAUCCAGGUGGGCCCGGAAAUCUCCGAUGCCAUCGCGCAGCACAAUGGCUUCGCGGAGAGAACUUUUUGGCAGCCGCGGCUGGUGGUGUUUUUGCAGCGCUGCACCGACCACCGGGCCCUGGAGAACGAGCAGAAGGCCCUUGAGGCAAUCAGCCGGGCCCUGUUGAAGUCAACUCGGCCAGAGGAGCUGCUGUCAAUUUGCGCAGGCCGCGAGAACUUCUUGGAGCAGGUCCAGAAGGUCCGACAGGCGCGGCUCAUCAUCGGCGCACAUGGAGGGGCGAUGGCCAACAUGGUCCUGGCGCGCUCCGAUGCAGGUGUGAUCGAGCUCGUUGCCGAUGCCGCAGCCCAGAAAGGGUUAGAAGGACCCUGGCCACCUUACAAAAGUUACUUCUACGGCGGACUUGGGGCAGCCUUUCCCUUCUACCGAGUGGUCCUCUAUGAAGCCGACCCGCACGGCAAGCUCUGGAUUCGCCUGGACGACCUGCAGACAGCCGUCACCGACUUCCUGAACCGACUCGGCUAG